AUGUCACAACCCCAUAAUUUCGUUAGUGGCGAGCCAGUUAGCGGUGAUGGCAACACGUCACCGCUACGCUGGUCCCCACCGACAUCCGCUGCCCUGGUAGCUGCAGCGCUCGCUCCUCCAACGCUCCGACCAUGGCUGCCAGACCCGCCAAGUAAGAAGCCCAACCAUCUUGGCCUCAUCUGCGUGGUGUGUGGGGACACCAGCUCUGGGAAACAUUACGGCAUUCUCGCCUGCAACGGUUGCAGCGGGUUCUUCAAGCGGUCUGUUAGAAGAAAACUUAUCUACAGAUGUCAAGCCAAUACGGGCCGUUGCGUGGUGGAUAAAGCCCACAGGAACCAAUGCCAGGCGUGCAGACUCAAGAAAUGUCUGGCGAUGGGCAUGAACAAGGACGCGGUGCAAAACGAGAGACAGCCACGGAACACAGCGACCAUUAGGCCCGAAACACUUCGCGAUAUGGACCAAGAAAGAGCACUGAGGGAAGCUGCCGUCGCAGUCGGAGUGUUUGGUCCUCCGGUAUCACUGGCCAUGGCUCUCUCACCAGCGCGGUACCCGUUGCUGUCUCCGCACUACGCACCGCUGCCGCCGCCAGCGCCGCAACCACCUCAGCCCGACUCCUCACACGAACACAACGGAAACGAAGAUCCACGGCAUACGGAUAGUGAUGACGACAGCAUCGACGUCACUAAUGAAGAGGAUUCCACAUCAUAUUCACCGCCUGCCGCGGUGUACCCUCAGAACUGUGCACCUUAUAGACCACUAGGCGUAGAGAGCGCUGCAGAAACAGCAGCUAGAUUGCUGUUCAUGGCCGUCAAAUGGGCCAAGAACCUGCCCUCGUUCGCCAGCUUGGCUUUCAGAGACCAGGUGAUACUCCUAGAAGAAGCGUGGUCGGAACUAUUUCUUCUAAACGCAAUACAAUGGUGCUUACCGCUGGACGCAGCCUGUACUGCAUUGUUUGGCAAGAACGGCACCAGCUCGGCUACGCUGCGGCGCCUGCGCGAGGUGCUGUCACGCUACCGCACCGUGCUGGUGGACCCCGCCGAGUUCGCCUGCAUGAAGGCCAUCGUGCUUUUCAAGUCUGAAACUCGAGGCCUAAAAGACCCACUCCAAAUCGAAAACCUCCAAGACCAAGCUCAAGUAAUGCUCAUGACACACGCCAGAACAGCCCACGGUGCUGCGCCUGCAAGAUUUGGAAGAUUAUUGCUGCUCCUUCCACUGUUGCGUCUGGUCACCCCACAUCAGCUCGAAAGGGAGUUCUUUGCUAAGACUAUUGGACAGACGCCUAUGGAGAAAGUGCUUGCAGAUAUGUAUAAAAAUUGA